UAACUAAUACAUUUAGAAUUCUCGUCAAUCCCGAGUAGAUGACAGAGUAAUGGAGGAUAAUGUACAAAGAGUUAAAUUUAACAUCAGAGGCAGGACAUUCGAAACUUUUGCUUCAACAAUAAAUAAUAUUUCGAAUUCGAAACUUGCAAAACUGACACGUGAUCACACAUCAUAUGACACAGAGAAACAGGAAUAUUUCUUUGACAGAGAUCCCGAACUCUUUAAUGUGAUCUUGAAUCUUUUGGUAACUGGGAACUUACAUGUCCCGAAGCAUAUCUGUGGAGCAUUGCUACGAGACGAGUUGAGUUUUUGGGAGAUCGAGACUGGAAACGUCAGAGAGUGUUGCUGGAGGCAGUAUUUCCAACACGAGGAUGAUAUGGCAGUUUUAAACGAUCUGAUUCAACACGAGGAUUUGAAAAAUUCUUGGACAGAGUGCGAGACAGUUAAGGAGAGAGUUUGGCUAAUCUUAAAUAAUCCCGGAUCUUCAAAACUCGCAAAGACCUGGUACUGCCUAUACCUAUGUGUGGUGUUUCUGAGUAUCGUGAUCUUCUGUAUUUGGAACAUUCAGGAUCUCCGUACAGACUUGUAUGUAUCUGAAAUCAUCACACAUCACUACCCUGACAUACACCUCUCCGGGAACGACAAACUGACCACUUUAAUCCUCACUGACCCUGUUCCAGCUCUAUUCGCGUUGGAAACCGGGUGUCUGUUAUUUUUCAUGGUUGAAUGGAGCGUAGGGUUCUUUGUAUGUCCCAAUAAAAGAGAGUACCUGUCGUCAUGGACCCACAUUGUCAGCUUUGUUCUUGUAUUUGCGAUGUUAAUGAAUUUUGUUAUGGAGUUUUUCAAGUCAAUCCUUGCGGAAAAUGAAGUCGCCCGAUGGUUCUAUUUUAUUUUUAAAGCCAUAAGCAUGGUUCGAUUGCUCCUCUUCAUUCGCCUCGCCCGUCGUUUUAGCGCAUUAAGAGUUCUUCUCCUUGCCAUAAAACACAGUCUCUUGGAACUGUUGUUGAUGGCUAUCACGUUUUGUAUUGGAAUGUUAUUCUUUGCUACGUUGAUAUACUACGCUGAGAUUACAAAUACCAAUUCAUUCUCGAGCAUUUUCAUUUCAAUGUGGUGGGCUAUUAUCACCAUGACAACUGUUGGCUAUGGAGAUGUAUAUCCCACUUCCAUUGCGGGUUAUAUUGUCGGAGUGUUAUGCGCGUUAUCUGGCCUUUUGUUAUUAGCCAUGCCAGUAGCAAUCAUCGCAUCUAACUUUUCCGAAUAUUAUAGUCAAAACAGUUUUCAUCAACGAUUUCUAAAACUCCAAAAAGAAAAAAAGACCACGGAUAUUAGUCAAAUAAAUAAAGUUCACCCGCAUAAGAAUACAAAAAUUGAAGAUGUAAAUUCAAAUAACCAUUGAGUGUUUGUGUUGCUGGUGUAAUAUAUGUAUGUAAUGUUGUCUUUUUUAAAAGUUAAAAAAAGUUUA